AUGCGCGCCGCCACCGUCCUCGCCGCGGCGCUUCCGGUGCUCGGAGCGUCUGCCCGCCUCAUCGGCGUCAAAGUGCCGUCGACCAUUGCGCCGGGCGACACCUUCACUGCCAUCAUGAUCAACGAGAUCUACAUCCAGACCGUCUACGAUGUCGCCAUCGCCUUCGGCAUCGACACGCCGCCCGGGCACGAGGGCUACAUCGGCCAGGUCGUCGGGUCCCAGUACCUGGGCCCGGCGCUGUCCAACCAGGGCCAGAACCUCAACCUGACCGUCACCAUGCCGUCGUCGGCCCAGAAGGGCACCGACCAGGUCUUCUACGCCGCCUUGUACAGUCUGUACGGCGUCAGCUCCGGCCCGACCAUCUCCAGCUUCAACGUCACCACCACGAUUGGGGAGGUGACUUCGGACGACUAUGUCAGCAGCUUGUAG